CGGAUAUGUUCACAUAACUGAUCGAUUGCAAUCACCGGCUUGAUCGACUAACAUCCAGGUAUAAAUUGAACGGCCGAUUCUAGAUGUUAUGUGACCAUCGACGAAAGUGCUUCUUGAACAUGUUGCGUGAUCUCUAAUCGAUAGCAUCGAUAGCACCGUUGCAUUUUCGAAUCGUUGGUAUCACUGCUGCAGUGUCGAAACAACGUUUAUUUUUUACGUAGAAUUCCCGCGCUUUUGUGCAAUUUUACGUGUGUAUUGUUCAUCGUCGAGACGCAGUACGAUUUCGCGGUUUCGCGAGUGCUCGAGUUGAUGUUUCGUGUCGCGUGUGAACACAGCAUUCAUUCCUGCUCUCCUGCAACAACGCGCAAAUUCGAAAUGCACCGCAAGGAAAUCACGAGGUUAUGAUAUUGCAGUCGAGAAUGCACUUUUUUGCGCCUGUUUGCUUUUGGAUUGACUCAUCAAUAGUGGAAUACGCUUUUUGCCGAUUCUCUGAAAGGAAAUACGCGGAAGAGGGAGGAAUGAGGAGAUUCACCCGGUGACCUCGUGCCGCGCGCGGUAAUGCUACUGGCAAACGGUGCCUCUAUACCGACCAUCGCCGGUGCUGUCGAGGAGGAGGAGUACGCACGCAGCGAGGCGAACAGCGGGCAUUACGAUGGAUACGUUACCGAUCAUACUGAUUUGGCCUCGGAGAUCGAUAUUGAUGAGUCCGAGUACAGGCGUGAGCUGCUUAAUGACAAAUGGCGAAUACUCUUCGACAAGUUUGAUCCGGAGGGUUUUGGAGAGAUACCACUGGAGGACUUUUUAGUAGCAUUAAGGAGUUCUGAAUGGAAGGCGGAGAUACCGGCAAAUAAACGUGAUAUUCUUCUAACCAGAGCAAAAGAGUCUCAUGUUGAAGCAGUGACAUUUCAGGAUUUCGUCAAUGUGGAAGUCGUUAAUUGGUGUGUAAAUACUGAAGAUCUACAGAUUAAUAGGUUCCUAAAGUUUAGCACUGAUCAGACGGAUCCGGAUGUUUUCGAAAAUGUGGACGUGAGCGGAUUAAUAUCAAAGAUAAAUCCAAGUUUGCGUGCUUCGAAUUUGCUGCAAAUUAGAAGGCUCGAACUCCUGAUUAGUGAACGAUUAGGUUACAAGACGUAUCUUGGUAUGGACUUUGAUAAUACGGUAUAG